AUGAAGUUACUGGAACGAGAAAUUAGAAUCUUGCGCCUCAUAUCUCAUCCAAACAUUAUUUACCUGGAGAAGGUCUACGAGACACCAAAGAACCUAUACCUGGUGCUCGAACUUUGUACGGGCACUUUGGCGAAGGAGUUCAGUGAGCGCCGGCCGUUCAGCGAGGCGGACACCCGCGAGGUGAUCCGCAAGCUGGCCAGUGCGGUCGCCUAUCUACACAGCAAUGGUAUCGUGCACAGGGACCUGAAGCUGGAGAAUAUCCUGCUGACAACGAACCCGGACGACCCGGAGGACAAACUCUACAUCAAGGUGACCGACUUCGGGCAGAGCGUCGUCCGCAGUGGAGUCGCCUACGACCAGAUGCUGCACGAGCGCUGCGGCACCAUGGCCUACAUGGAGUUAAAAGAACUAAUUUUGCAGUUGAAUCGUUCUUGGCAGUCACAACAGAGACUCCUAUGUCCAGCUCCCGAGGUAAUGGAAUUGCGCAUGUACUCGCACCAGUGCGACGUGUGGUCCAUGGGCGUCAUCACGUACCUGCUGCUCGUCGGUGACUUCCCGUUCACCGGCGACAGUCCGGAACAGCUCAGGCAGCGAGUACUCAACGACGAACUACGCUUCGGUCCUCUGACAGGAGCCUUCUACGCUUAUAAGCUGCCCCAAGUACAUAGUAAUCGGAAGAUACAAUAA